UACAAUUAUUGGAUUUCAAUUACUUUCGCAAUUCAGAACAAAGAAAGCAUACCGAUGCUUUUUUUUCGAUAAUAAAUUCGUGUUUCAGUGCAAAUAAUCGUGUUACUUGUGUUAAUAUUGUAGUAAUUUCAAUCAGUGAAUGGAUCGAUACCGGUACCGUGCUACAAUCAAUUGGCGAUUCAGUCGAUAGUGUGAGUAUAAUCUUAUCGAUGUAAAUCAAUCUUGUAAUGAAUAAUAAUUAUUGAGGCUUUUAUUCUUGCAUUUGUGUAUUCAUAAUUUCUCAAUUGUCAAUGUUUCAUAAUCCUCCAAACCUUAGUUCAUAAGCUGAUCGGCUUAUCUUAUAGUUUCAAUAUCUUAUUUCUAUUUCAUAUUCAUGCUAUGUUUCCUUCUAUCAUAAAACAACGAGAAAUAAAAAAAAAUUCUUAUCUCUUUUCUACUAACAUACCGGCAUUUGACAACGGUGUUGUUGAUAAUACGAUCUGGGCUGUGUUGCAUGCUAAAAUACAAAGUAGGCUAAUAUUUUAGUAGUCAGCUGGUUAUUUGAUCAUAUAAACAAAAUGAAGGGAUAGAUUAUAAUAAUAUAUUAGUCUAUUAAAUAAUUGAUAUAAGUUGAUUGUUGGAAAGGAUUUAUGUACAGUAGUUUCAAUACGCAAUGCGAGAUGAUCACUCAACGUGACCAGCGUUUAAUGCUCAGCCGGUCAGUUUCAUUCCCGUUGCAUCAGAGGCUCAGCAUCAAAGAUCCUCGCGUCGGUACCACUUGGAAAGUUACCGAGUGAGAGCGCUUAUCAAAAACUGUUUUUGUCUUUAAAACGCUCUAUCUCCGGAACCACUGGUCGGAAAAUUUUCGUUGACCACCCGUUUUGUAGGGAAUUUAAUUGUCUUUAUUUCUGAUAUAGUGAGAUUUUUCAUUAAAUUGAGUAUAAAUAUAUAAAAUUUAUUUUAUUCGAUAAAAAAUAUAAUAUAUUUUUUGGUGGUAUUAAUUUUUUGGUAGGCCUAUAAAUCUCAAAAAGGUUAUUCAAUAUUGAGAAUAUAUCGAUUGUUUCCCUCAUAACUAUGCAAUUAUUUCUAAAUAUCUAUUAUAAGUUAUAUUUGAAUAACUGAAUCGCUGACAACCGCGAUUUAUUUUUUUGUAAUUAUUAUUUAUUUAAUAUUAAAUACGUAAUAUAUAUACGAAAUAAAUACGUGAAAUAUUAGUUUACUAAUUAAACAAUAACAAAACUUCUUACGUGUGUAAAGUAAUACACACACAUAUUUUCCUUUCUUCUCUUUCAGUAAAAACCAAAAUAAUGCCUCGCAGAAAGUCAAAUUUGGGCCGUCGCACUCACAAUGCAGAAGGAUUAAGGAGAUGGCGUUCGAAUAUCACUGAGGAAGAGCAAACAUCUUUACGAGAGAGGAACAGGCUAAACACCAUCCAGACACGUAACGUGGACCCAGCAGAAAGACGAGCAGCCAGGCUUGAGGAUGCACGAUUGCGAGCACGUCAGUCGCGUUCUGCAGCAACAGAUUUGGUUCGUUUUGAACGCAAUGAACGCGAAAGGGUGAGGAUAGCUGAAACACGAACAGAAAGAACAGCUGAUCUGCAUCUGGAAUACAAUCGUCUUGCGUUCCGGUACAAUCCAGCUAUUGAUUAUAGUUCAAGUCAGCAUGUUGUCAUUGGUCAGAUGAGUCAUGUAUGUAGCUACUGCCAGGCUCUAAAGUUUAAUAAUGAAACGAAAGGGAUGUGUUGUGCUGGCGGAAAAAUCAAAUUGCCUCAACUUGAUGCACCACCAGAGCCAUUGAAAACUUUACUUACUGGAUCUACCGCUGAAUCAAAGCAUUUCUUAUCGAACAUCAGGAAAUAUAACUCUUGCUUCCAAAUGACAUCAUUUGGUGCGGAAAUCGUGACUGCUCAAUUCAUGCCAACUUUUAAAAUCAAAGGGCAAAUAUAUCACAAAGCUGGCUCCCUGCUCCCAUUCUCAGAUAGUGACCAUAAAUUUCUACAAAUGUACUUCAUUGGUGAUGAUAGACAUGAAGUAGAUGCACGUUGUGGAAUACAUAACUCGCUAAGAAGAUCCAUUAUUUUGCAGCUGCAGGAGCUUCUUCACGAAAGGAACAGUUUGGUGCGUUUGUUCAAAACAGCAAUUGAUAUGAUGCCAUCAGAUACCCACAAAAUUGUUAUUCACGCAGACAAAACUCCUGCUGGAGAACAUGUCCGGAGAUAUAAUGCUCCAACUAUAGACGAAGUAGCAAUUGUCAUAGUUGGUGAUCAGUUCCAACCUAGAGAUAUUGUUCUCCAUCGAAGAAAUAAUCAAUUAAUAAAUGUAGCAGAAACUCACCGUUGUUACGAUGCUUUACAAUAUCCAUUGAUCUUUUGGGAUGGUGCUGAUGGAUAUCAUUUCAAUGUGAAAAUGAUAAAUCCAGUAAAUGGUGCAGAAAUCAAUAAAAAGUGCAGCUCAAUGAACUUUUACGCAUACCGCUUAAUGAUUCGGAUGAACGAGGACAAUCAUAUUCUAAAAUUCCGUCAGUUAUUUCACCAGUACCUUGUGGAUAUGUAUGCAAAAAUUGAAACGGAACGUUUGCUAUUUCUUCGUUUGAAUCAGACUAAACUACGCUCUGAAGAAUAUAUUCAUUUGCGAGAUGCAGUUGUGAAUGAUGGUAAUACAACCAACGUUGGAAAGCUAACUAUUUUGCCAUCUUCAUUCAUUGGCAGUCCACGUCACAUGCAAGAAUAUGCUCAAGAUGCAAUGUCAUAUGUUCGUCAUUAUGGGCGUCCAGAUUUAUUUAUCACUUUCACUUGCAAUCCAGUUUGGGACGAGAUACAGCAGCUGUUAUUUCCUGGGCAAUCACACGUGGAUAGGCAUGACAUUAUAGCACGUGUUUUCCGGCAAAAGCUUAAAUCGCUGAUGGAUUUCAUUGUGAAACUUGAAGUAUUUGGAUCUGUGCGCUGCUGGAUGUAUUCAGUGGAAUGGCAGAAGAGAGGAUUACCACAUGCGCAUAUACUAAUCUGGCUCUACAAUAAAAUAACUUCAGACGAAAUUGAUGACGUGAUAUGCGCUGAGAUUCCACGGGCUGACAGCGAUAAGGAUUUGCAUGCAGUGAUCAUCAAAAACAUGAUACAUGGACCAUGUGGUACACUAAAUCCAAAUUCACCAUGCAUGGUAGAUGGGAAAUGCUCUAAGCAAUAUCCUCGAGCAUUUACAGCAAACACAGUAACAGGCGACGAUGGAUAUCCUCGGUAUAGAAGACGAUCAACUGAAGAUGGUGGAAAUUCGGCAACUAUACACAUGCGAAAUGGUGAUAUUGAUGUAGACAACCGUUGGGUGGUUCCAUAUUCUCCUUUACUGUCAAAAACAUACCAAGCCCACAUAAACGUAGAAUAUUGCAAUUCUGUGAAAUCGAUUAAAUAUAUCUGUAAAUAUGUAAAUAAAGGCAGCGAUAUGGCAGUUUUUAGUGUGCAAUCUGAUAAUUGUGACAAUAAUGCAGUACGAGAUAUUGAUGAAAUUGCUCAAUACCAGGCUGGAAGAUACAUAAGCAGCAAUGAGGCUGCAUGGCGAAUUUUUUCAUUUCCCAUGCAUGAACGCAAUCCAGCUGUGGUUCACUUGGCAGUACAUUUAGAAAAUGGACAGCGUGUUUAUUUCACAGAUGCAAAUGUGCAAGAAAGAGCCCUUAAUCCACCUGGUACAACUCUGACUGCUUUUUUCACCUUAUGCCAGGAAGACGCUUUUGCCAGAACACUAAUGUAUUCAGAAGUUCCCUCUUACUACACGUGGAAUGUAACUAGAAAAGUAUUUGUACGGCGCAAACGAGGGGAGCCAGUCAACGGUCACCCUGGCAUUUUCAAAGAAAAUACAAUUGGUAGACUUUAUACAGUGCAUCCCAAUCAAGAUGAAUGUUUUUACCUUCGCAUGCUAUUGGUAAAUGUGCCUGGUCCUACAUCUUUCCAGCAAUUAAAAAUAGUUGACGGCGUCACACAUGCCACUUUUCGCGCUACGUGUCAAGCUCUGAAUUUAUUAGAAAAUGACCAACAGUGGAACAUAUGCAUCAAUGACGCGUGCAACACUGCACAUCCAAACCAAAUUCGCGCAUUAUUUGCGAUUAUAUUGACCGCUUGCUUUCCUUCAUCUCCCACAGAGUUAUGGGAAAGAUAUCGUUCGCAUAUGGCUGAAGAUAUUUUGCAUAGAGUACGCCUUGAAAAUGCCAAUAUGACCUUAGAAUUUACAGAAGCCAUUUACAACGAAGCAUUGAUAAAUAUUGAGGACAAGUGCUUAGCUAUUGCAAAUAAAGUUCUUAGUCAAUUAGGAAUGCCAGCACCAACCCGAACUGCGACUGCUGCAUUUGAUGUAGAUUUACGCCGUGAACAGAGUUACAACAUUAAUGAUCUUCAGGCAUAUGUCCAAUCGAACAUUCCCAAAUUAACGUGGGAACAGAAAGGCAUUUAUGAUCGCAUAAUGCAAAUGAUAAAUGACGGAGUUGGGGGGACCUUCUUCUUGGAUGCGCCAGGAGGAACUGGGAAAACAUUCCUCAUUAGAUUGAUUCUAGCAACGGUUCGAUCAAAAAGUGAUAUAGCCUUAGCUCUUGCUUCGUCUGGAAUAGCUGCAACAUUGUUACCAGGUGGAAGAACUGCGCAUUCAGCUCUAAAGUUGCCAUUAAACAUGCAAAUCAUUGAGACUCCUACGUGCAAUAUUUCUAAAGCAUCCGGUAUGGGAAAAGUAUUACAAAAAUGUAAACUAAUUGUUUGGGAUGAAUGCACAAUGGCACAUAAAAAAUCGCUCGAAGCUCUUGAUCGAUCAUUACGAGACUUGCGUGGAAACGUUCAACCAUUCGGGAAUGCAUUGAUAUUGCUCGCAGGAGAUUUUAGGCAAACAUUGCCUGUAAUUUCUCGAUCGACACCAGCAGACGAAAUUAAUGCUUGCCUGAAAUAUUCAACACUAUGGCGGCACGUACAUACAUUGGAGUUGACUACGAAUAUGCGUGUCCAGUUGCAGAAUGAUCCAUCAGCUGAGGUAUUCUCACGACAGUUACUGGAAAUUGGAAACGGUCAGCUGCCAGUCGAUGAGACGUCUAGACAAAUAUCACUUCCCGAUAAUUUUUGUAAUUUAGUUACAUCAAAAGAAGAACUGAUCGAAAAAGUAUUUCCUGACAUUCAGAUAAAUCAUAGAAAUCAUGAUUGGCUCAGUGAACGAGCUAUCCUUGCCGCAAAGAAUAAAGAUGUCUAUCAACUUAAUAAUGUUAUACAAUCCAGUAUUCAAAGUGAUGAAACUACAUAUAAGUCGAUAGACACUGUUGUGGAAGCUGAUGAAGUAGUUAAUUAUCCAACAGAAUUUCUAAACUCACUUGAUCUGCCAGGGAUACCACCACACAUAUUGAAAUUGAAAGUAGGUGUGCCAAUUAUCCUCUUGCGGAAUAUUAAUCAGCCAAAACUCUGCAACGGCACGCGACUUGCAGUUAAGAGAUUAAUGAAUAAUGUAGUGGAAGCAACGAUUUUAACAGGGCCUUUCAAAGGUGAAGAUGUCCUCAUUCCUCGAAUACCCACGAUCCCGACCGAUACACCAUUUCAAUUUAAAAGAUUGCAAUUCCCAAUUCGAUUGGCAUUUGCAAUCACAAUCAACAAAGCUCAAGGUCAAUCUUUAGAAUUGUGUGGUCUAGAUUUAGAUGUGGAUUGCUUUUCACAUGGACAACUGUAUGUUGCGUGUUCCCGAGUCGGCAAACCAGAUAGUCUUUAUAUUUACGCAGACAGUGGAAAAACAAAAAAUAUUGUAUAUAAACAAGUAUUGCAAAAUUAAACUUAUAUGAAAUGUA